AUGGAAGCCGGCGACAGUGCAUGGGAGCUUGAGGCGGGUAUUCCUCAGUUCGAAGAUCCCUUCAUCCAGCAAUAUUUGAAAGGUCGUGACGCGCUGAUCGCUGAGGAGCGCAAACGGCGCCACGAUGCACUGUUCCGGAAGUCUUUAUCUCCCAUCGCUGCUCGAGCUUGCAAGAUCGUCUCCCAGAUUCGAGCUCGCGAACAUAACGAGAUCUGGACGAACGGAUUAGAUGAGGAUGCAGCUCACCAAUCCGACGAGAUCCUGUACCCGGGUGUCAUGUUUCACUAUGCCAAAGGUCGUAUGGAAAAGACCAACCUGUGGAAGAUUGUUGAGAGAAUGCCCAAGGGCUCACUUCUACACGCUCAUAUGGACGCCAUGUUCGACAUUGACUUUCUCAUCGACCAAGCCUUCUCAACGCCGGGCAUGCAUAUUUUGGCACCCCAGGCCUUGGCAUCCGCCAACGACAGGGAGCACGGGCCUGUCUUCUUCCAGUACUCGUCACAGCCGACAGCCGACAGCGAAAAGAAAGCUAGUAUCUGGACGGAGAAGUACAAACCGUCCUCGUUGAUUCCAAUCCACUCGGCAGCUGCAUCACAUCCUGAUGGCGAGACUGGGUUUCGCGACUGGCUGCGUAGUCGCUGUAUGAUCAUGCCCGAACAUUCCUACUUCCACCAUCACGGUGUCGAUGCUAUCUGGGCGAUCUUCACCACUACAUUCCCGGUCAUUAACUCGAUCCUCAUGUACGAGCCAAUUUUCCGGGCAUGUUUCCGCCGCAUGCUCGGCCAACUGGCCGCGGACGGGAUUCGAUACGUGGAAUUCCGCAUUGCCUUUGUCUUUCAAUGGAGGAGGCAAGGGAGCGACGAGACCGACGAUGGCUAUGAUCAUUGGGCUCAAGUCGUUGAGGAAGAACUCGAAGCCUUUAAGAAGACUGAACAGGGAAAGUCAUUCUAUGGCGCUCGCAUUAUCUGGACCACGCUCCGUCGUUUUGGCAACAAGGACAUUGUCGAGUCAAUGAAGCAGUGCAUUGAUACCAAACAUGCAUUCCCCGACCUCAUUUGUGGCUUUGAUUUGGUCGGCCAGGAGGACUUGGGUAGACCUCUCAAGAGCCUGGUACCGAUUCUGUUCUGGUUCCGCAAACGUUGCGCAGAGGAAGGCCUCGACAUCCCUUUCUUUUUCCACGCCGGGGAGUGCCUUGGAGAUGGCGACGAAACGGACAACAACCUAUUCGAUGCGAUCUUACUGGGUACCCGACGAAUUGGUCACGGGUUUUCCCUCUUCAAACACCCGCUGCUCAUCGACUUGGUCAAGGAGAAGAAAAUCAUGAUCGAGUGUUGUCCCAUCUCCAACGAGAUUCUUCGGCUAGCCAGCUCCAUCAAGGCCCACCCAUUGCCGGCAUUGUUAUCCCGGGGCGUCGCCGUCUCAUUGUGUAACGAUGAUCCCGCCAUUCUCGGUCACGGGCGAAAUGGUCUGACUCAUGACUUCUGGCAGGCUCUUCAGGGAUUAGAGAACGUUGAUCUGGCUGGACUGGCCAUGAUGGUUCAGAAUUCCCUCCGAUGGAGCUGUUUCGAGGACCAACCGACUGCGAGAUGGAAACAAGACGUUGAAGAAGGGAUUCUUGGAAGCGGACUGAAAGCCGUGCGCCUGCAAGAAUGGCAUGCUGAGUUCGAGAAGUUCUGCGAGUGGAUCGUGUUGGAGUUUGCGGAGUUUGACGAGGAAGAGUAA